CUGCCCUGCUCUAGUCGUUUUUCUUAUUUGGUAGUGAGUGUUUGUGUGUGGUUCUUGAAUAUUAUUUUCUUUUAUGAGUUUAGGAAACUGCUCAAUUUUAAUAUAUCGUUAAUAAAGCACAAAAUAUUUUAUAAUCUACUGUUUUAUAUUAAUAUUGGUAUUUUUAUUAAACGACAACAAUUCAAAUAAACAUACAUUUCAAAAUGCAAGAGACCGUUAGAAACUCAAACGAGAGAAAAUCUAUAUUUUGCUCAUUUCUCGAAAUCCUUGAAGCUCAAGAAAAACAAGCUAAUAUUGAGCGAAAAAUACAAGAGGAGAAAUUUCAAAGAAGAACCCAAAUAAUUUAUGAUUUUCAUGAUCGUCAGCAGCGUAAGGCGGCAGAGUUGCAGAGGUGCCUAGAGUUUGUGUCAGAGCAUGCACAGGUGCUGGAGACAGUGUUGCGUACUGGAGGGGAUGAUGGAGUACCAUUGUCAGCUGCCCUAGUAAGACAGGCUGCGGCAUUGCAGCGUUGCAUGACACAAUGUGUUGCUAAUGCUUCGCAAAUACGACACUUGCUCGCCGCCGCCCACCGUCCUCAAAUGGACACCAUGCUCGCCAAGAUGGAGACCGAGUUGAGUGCGUGGACAGCAUUCCUCCAACGCGCCGUCGACGCCACUUACAGCUCUGAAGUCACCAUAGACAACCUCCACAAUUUGAUCGCGGAGCAGCGGCGAUGCGUGCGCGAGGUUUCUUCGAGCACGGUGUUCUCUUCACUCUGCCGCGGGACGGAGGAGGUCGCGGAGGGGUCGGGGGGAGAGGGCACCCCCCGCACUCCGUUCGCGGCCCGGCGUCCAUCGGCCAUGUGCAGCACGCCCAUCGCCCGCGACUAGCCCCGAGGCCUGCGCGCACUCUGCUGUCGCGCCCGCACCAUCUGAUGUCUCGUCGACUCGUCUGCGCUUCACUCUCACACAGUUCUCUGCAUUCUAGUGACACCCUUCGAACUUGCGAAUGAACGAUGAAAUCAUGAUAUUUAUUCAAUUCUUUCCUUGAGGCAUUAACUGCACAAAAAUCGACUUAAAUUUCCCAAACUUUCGUAAACUCAAUAUUUCGUUUAACUGGUGACGAUAUUUUGCAUCCACGCUUUAGCGUACGAUUCUGGGAAAGAAGUCGAUCGUGUGCACUUAUAUUCCUAUUUAAUGCUGGACCUGGGGAAAUGUGAUCGCUUCACGAUGCAGCUGACGCGUCCUGGGUGAUGUUUGGGCUGCAUCGGACCAUUGAUUGGCUUUAUCGCCGAAGUUAAAUGUUGAUAAAUUAGAUGUAAACACGGUUAUAUUAUAUCUUUGUAAUGAAAUUGUUGACGGAUUGUUGGAUUCUCUGAACGUCUCGUGCUGAAAUUGAAGGCGAAAUGAUAUUAUUAAAUUUACAAUUAUUCUUUUGUUGACUCGUUGGAGACAUUUUAGAAAUAGAGCUGCCUUUAAUAUUUAUCGUGAAGUGUUUUUGAACUUAAAACGUAGGUUAAGCAGUGUUUAACGUGUGUUUCGAACGAUUUGUACUUUUGCUAAGUCCACUAUAAAUGACUCUGUUCGUUGUGUACUUUUAUAAAUAAACGUUCGUAUAUCGUUCAGACACGUAUCUACCUCGUCGCGGACCCUGUACUGCCAAGUUUUUGCUGAUUGUAAUAGGUCUUAGUAAAUAAAUAUUAUACAGUAGGUACGAUAGUCGGAGGAGCUCUAGAUGUCUCUGGACCGAAUUGGUCAAAGGCUAAGAUUAAAUCUAUUGCAGAUUACUGUUUUGAUAUAAAUAUUGGCGGUGUUUUCAUCGCCUCGUGUUCGUGGCUUUUUCUCAAUUAUUACUAUUUAUUAUAGGAAAACAUAAUUAAGGUUCUCGUUCUAGAGUAUUAUUGCUUUAACAUUGUUAGUGUUUCUGAGAGACUCACGGCGUUGGAAAAUUUUAUAAACAGUUAAGUUAGAUUUAAUUCUGGUUCUCCCUUGUCUUAGCAAUUUCUGAGAACAUAAUACAUUAUCUUAAUAUGAAGUAACUUGGUAUUUAUUUUUUAAUUGUAAACUUUCGUUUCUAAACGACAUGUCUCAGUAAUAUCAAACAAAUAUAUAAACAGCACUAAACAACCGAACAGUUCGAGUGCAACAAAAGAAACACGCCAAGAGGGAGAGGGACGCUCGAAAUAGGCGAAGCCGCGAGACAGCUCGUCGCCGUCGCAUCUCGCUCACAUUCCACUUCGACUAAAUAAAACCACUUCAUUUGAA